AUGGUCCCACGUCUUGAACACGUGGCAGAGUUCUGUUUCUUGCUGAACUCAAGAGGAGGACUAGAUAUAGAAAACCAGAAACAGAAAAACCGAAACCAGAGAAGAAAGAAAGAAACUGUUCUCUCUCCUGUGUGUCUUAGUUUGCUUCGGUUUCUCGGGGUUAAAAGGAAAAUAAAGGCGAAAAGGGCAAACCCAAAUUCCCGAAGGGAAAUGGAAGAGAAUAAGCAAAAGGGUACAGCUUCUUCCUUCACUUCUGAGCUCUUUGGGUCCACCAAAGAGUUUCACCACCCUUCUUCUGCUGGGAUUUUUGGGUCCAUUUUUUCUCCUUCGUCGUCCAAGACCAAGGUCUUGGGGAGGGAAUCUCUGCGUACUGAAUGGAGUCGCAAAAUUGCCAACGAAACCUGGAGCUCCAAAAUUGGUAUUCAAGAUCAUCAUUUCUCCAAGGACAAUGGUAGCGAAACUCAGAACACAGUGAAUAAGGAUAUGCGCUCCAUCUAUCAGGAUCAGAGAGUUCAACCAUGUCACCUUAGUUCAUCAAUUUUUUAUGGUGGCCAAGACAUCUGUCCUAGUCCUCAGGGUACCCGUCACGAGGGACUAAACUCGUUGCUGUACCAGAAUGAUGUCGGAGAAGAUGAUUCAGAACUUGCUUCAAGAGGAAACUGGUGGCAAGGGUCUCUCUAUUAUUAA